AGCAGGCGGCGACGCAGGCGGCGACGCAGGCGGCGGCGGCGGCGGCUAUGACGAAGAAGCCAAGCCGCCGCCGCUACCGAUAUGGGACGUCCGCGGGCUGGGGCCCCUGGCCGACAUGUACAUGCUGGACUUCUUCGCGGCGGCCCUGACGGCCAGCCUGCACCUCCUGCGCGAGGACGCGCCCCUGGCGGACGGCUUCGCGAUCCCGCCGCGGCGCACCAUCCUGGAGACGCUGGAGCUGUGGACCGACAGCUACGCCAGCAGGCAGCAUCGGUCGCUGUGCUUCCGGAGCGGAUACCGCCUGCUCAAGUCGGUGGUCUCCGAGCUGUCGGAGCGCGCCAACAGUUCCGCUGCGAAGCCGUAGCCAUGCUUAUGUAGCGUGUGAAUCUACCAGGGUAAAAAGCAACAAGUCAGGCAGACAUGUUCAGCCUCGUCCCAGUGAUGCAGCCAGGAGUACGAGGUCUUUUGUUGUUGCGCCACGAGCUCGACUCAGCCUCAACUGCAAUGCGUGCCUUGCAUCUAUGUCAUGUGUGACAACCACCCAUUUGAUCCUCCACAGGGCAUCCCUGCCGGCACUCAGGGGGGAGGGCAUCGGACGCACGUCGCCGGAGCCGGGCCGAUGCGCGCCAAUGACAACAGGCCGGGCCCCCUCCUCUCCGGCGGUCCAGCCUCACUCAGUCCCCCGCGCCGGUUACGGAGCGGGGCCGGGGCCUGCGUAUCUGGUCGUCCGUGGGGGGUCGUACGUAGUCCGAUAUAUGAACCCCGCCCCUCGCUGGCCGGCAGAUGGUGAUGUUACUCUCACCCAACGGAAGCUGCUGCCGCUGCCGCCGCAACCCUCUUCCCGCCCUUGGUUCCUUUCUGCUCACUCAUAAACUCGCACGACGCACACACUCUGCGCCUGUGCCAGACACACAACACAGCCCAGCCCAACCUUGCUUUGCUUCAAACAGCGCUCUCUACCGGCUAAUAUCGAGACCAGCCCGAGACGGGGGCGACCAAGUCUCUCUCUCUCUCUCUCUCUCUCUCUCUCUCUCUCUCGUAUCCGUGCGUGCGUGCGUGCGCCAUCAACCAUGGGCAAAAUCGCCAGCAUCGAGUACUUCCGCGUCCCGCCGCGCUGGCUCUUCGUCAAGAUCACCGACGAGGACGGCCGCGCGGGCUGGGGCGAGGCCUCGCUCGAGGGCCACACGCAGGCCGUGGAGGGCUGCCUGGAUGCCUGGGCCGCGCAGUACACGGGGCUGGAGGCUGAGUGCGUGACCUUUCCCACAUACAUACCCACCGAUCCUGGUGGUGAUGAUGCCCCGUCUAUGCCUAGACGACAGCCUCUGACUGACUGUUGCCCCUAUUUAAUCUCUCUUUCUGCGUGUCAGUGACAUUGAGCACAUCUGGCAAAUGUCCUGGCGCAAGUCGUUUUACCGCGGCGGGCCCGUCCUGAUGAGCGCGCUCGCCGGCAUCGACAUUGCGCUUUGGGACUUGAAAGCGCGCAAGCUCAACGUCCCCAUCUACCAGCUCCUCGGCGGCAAGCUGCGCUCCAAGCUCAAGGUCUACGCCUGGAUCGGCGGCGACCGGCCGAACGACGUCGAGGCACAAGCGUCCGCCCGCAAGGCGCAGGGCUUCACGGCCGUCAAGAUGAACGCCACCGGCGACGUCGGGUGGCUCGACUCCCCCUCGGCGCUCUCCUCGUGCGUCGCGCGCGUCUCCGCCGUGCGCUCCCUGGGGCUCGACGCGGCCGUCGACUUCCACGGGCGCCUGCACCGGCCCAUGGCGAAGCAGCUCGCCGCGCGGCUGGCGCCCCUGCAGCCGCUCUUCAUCGAGGAGCCGCUGCUGAGCGAGCACGUCGAGGGGAUCCGCUCGCUCUCGCAGGCUUCCUUUAGCGGCAGUGGCGGAGUAGGAGCAGGAGCAGGUGGAAACGGAGGAGGAGCAUACGGACCCGUCCCCAUCGCGCUGGGCGAGCGCCUGCACUCCCGCUGGGACCUCAAGCCGUUCCUCGAGCCGGCGUGCUGCAUCGACGUGCUGCAGCCCGACGUGUGCCACGUGGGCGGCAUCUCGGAGCUGCGUCGCAUGGCCACCAUGGCGGAGGCGUACGACGUGGCGCUGGCGCCGCACUGCCCGCUGGGACCCCUGGCCCUGGCCGCGUGCAUGCAGGUGGACGCCGCGGCCGCCAACUUUGCCAUCCAGGAGAUGAGCCUGGGCAUCCACUACAACACGGCCGCCGCCGCCGCCGCAGGAGGAGGAGAGGGGGGUUACGAUCUGCUCGACUACCUGGCGGAGGGGAGUCGCGACGUGUGGCGCGUGGAGGACGGGUACGUGCGGCUGAUGGACGGGCCGGGUCUGGGGAUAGAGAUUGACGAGGGGAAGGUGAGAGAGGCGAGUCGCGGCGCGGCGGCGUGGGUGAGCCCAGGGUUCUUUGGGCCGGGGGGCGAGCUGAGGGAGUGGUGAUGCGCGUGCAGACGUUGAGGAG